CGGCUAGGAUUAAAAAAUAAAAAAACAAUAAAAUGAAGCUUGCUAUCGUGUUCGCGUUUGCCCUUGUGGCCUUUGCUUCUGCCGAUGACAGUGAUAACACCAUGGAAAUAGCCCUCAGCUUCGUCAAGGACUGCAAAGGAGAUUACAUUCUAUGUGUUAAGGAAAAGUUGCUGAAGAUCGUAGACAACCUAAGGGCAUCACGUAGCAUCACCAUCGUUGAUGGUGUCAUGCUGAAGGGUGAACCCGAAGUUCGGUCACCAAAGAAAUUGGACACUCUACCUGUGGAUCCAACAGCUAGAGAUGCUGAAGUCAAUUACAGACUUCUGGAUGGAGCCGUUAGCCUGUUCGAGACUCAUUCUGUUGAGGUCAAGAUGAACAAAGAUGACAAAGAGACUCUGCAGCGGUCUCUGGAAGAAGGUCGUGGUAAGAACAAGAAAGGCAGUGGCUUGGGCGCUAUUAUUGGUCUCCUCGGCGCCAAGGUUCUCUUCGGAAAACUCUUAAUUGUGAAGCUGAUCGCGCUCAAGGCCUUGGCAACAGCCAAGGUCGCCCUAGUCCUGGCCAUCAUUCUCUUCGUUGCUUGGUGUCUCAAACACGAACAUACCAAGACCACUUACGAGGUCAUCCCACACGCCCAUCACGUCGAAUCUCACCACCCAGUUCACGUUGAACACAGCCAUGACCACGGACAUGGGUACUCCAGCUACGGUUCAGACUGGAACAAGAACUUGGACGAAGGCCAAAAUCUGGCAUACAGUGGCUACGCCCACAGCAAAUAGGUAGACCAAAAUUUUAGGACCAUAUUUGGGUAACAGCCCUACUCUAACCUCUGUUGUACAAAGACUUAAUUUAUAUUAUUUAUUGACUUAAUUUAUUUCUUAAUUUAUUGAAUGUUUACAUGAAAUAAACUGUUGA